AAUAGCUGAGGGGUGUUGAUGCUAUUUUUCUCAAAAGCAAAUCCUGUAAACGAUACCGUUCCUUGUCUUCUCUUCUCCUCUGCUUCCACUUCCACACCGUUGAACUCUGAAGUCGAGACUCGAGAGCCUUUUUUGUUAGCUUUCGAGUGCUGCUGCCAUGGAGGCGGCGCCGUUUGGUUCCUCAGCUGCAACUGGGCCCUUUCUCCCCUGCUGCUUCAUCGUCUCUCUUAUUUCUCCGCCGCAACAGAUCUCACCAAAAUUAUCUCCAAUUCAAGUCCCCUAGAAGCCUCUCUGUCCGCGCCUCCUCUGCUGGGAAUUCCGGGACUUUACUUGAUUACAGUGCUGGGAAUGUUCUUAGUGUGAGGAAUGCGAUUCGCCAUCUGGGAUUUUAUAUUAAAGAUGUGUAAUAUCAAAAUCGAUUAUUAUACAGCUUCAUUUGGUGCAAACUCCAGAAGAUAACUUGAAUGCAGACCGCCUCAUUUUUUCCUGGCUUUGGAGCAUUUGCUGCAGCAAUGGAUGCGCUUAAUAGUACUGGAUUUUUAGGCAUUUGUCUUGGACUUCAGCUACUUUUUAAGUCUAGCAAGGAGAACGGUCCAGGUCAAGGGAAAGGAUUUGAUAUUGAUUUAAUAAAGUUUAUAUUGGAUGCCGUGAACAUCACUGUGAUUGCGAGUAGAGCAGGAGCUGUAGAACACUUUUCGGAGGUGCUCAUGAAAAUAAAUGCAUCUGCUGCCCUUGCAAGCAUAAUGUUUGCGGGUUCCAAUUCAGUCUGUGAAAGAGCAAUUACUGAAGGAAGGCAUGGAAGUCAGAACUUAAGUAGUGAAUAUUGUUGAAACCUUAGAGAUGCUACUAAUUCAGACACAGAUUAGUCGCGUUACUUUUUAUCUCCAACAGCUCU